AGAGUUCAGGGGCAAGAUGAGGAAGGAGGAGAGAGAAGGGCAAGACCAGUGAGGAACCAGCCAUGCCUAUUCUAACGGAGGCCAGUAAGUGGAGGCCAAGCCAGCUGAGAACUAGGCACCUGGAGAACUAGGAAGGUCGACCAGCAGGCCAAAGCUCCCAUGAGCAGGGACCUUCAUGCGAGGUUAACGACGGUGAAUGAGAUCCUGCCAAUAUGUCCUACAAAAGAGAAGGCUUUUUUCCAGCAGCUACGGCUCAAACCAUGAAUUACGUGGGGCAGUUGGCCGGCCAGGUGUUUGUCACCGUGAAGGAACUCUACAAGGGCCUGAAUCCUGCCACCCUGUCCGGAUGUAUUGACAUCAUCGUCGUCCGCCAACCCAACGGGAGCCUUCAGUGCUCCCCUUUCCACGUGCGCUUUGGGAAGAUGGGCGUCCUGCGCUCCCGAGAGAAAGUGGUUGACAUAGAAAUCAACGGGGAAUCUGUGGAUUUGCACAUGAAGCUGGGAGACAACGGAGAAGCGUUUUUUGUUCAAGAGACUGAUAAUGAUCAGGAAGUGAUCCCCAUGUACCUGGCCACCUCGCCCAUCCUGUCUGAGGGAGCCGCCCGCGUGGAGUUCCAGCUGAAGAGGAACUCUGUAGAUUGGAGCCGAAGCCUGGACCCCAACCCGGCAGCCCAGGCCUCCCCUCCCAGCGAGGCCUCUUCAAGCAGCUCGUUAGUGAAGAAGAGAAGAAAAAGGAGGAGAAAGUCGCAGCUGGACAGCCUGAAAAGAGACGACAACGUGAACACCUCUGAGGAUGAAGACAUGUUUCCCAUAGAGAUGAGCUCGGACGAGGAGGCCGACCCGCCGGACGGCAGUAGAACUCUUCCUAAUGACAUACCUGCAUUCCAACAAGAUGUUGCUGAGGAAAGCCCUUCCCCCGUCAUGACUUACCCUCAGUCAGCAUCAUAUCCUAAUUCUGAUAGAGAGUGGUCGCCCAGUGCAAGUAGCCCGCUAGAUUGCCAGAGGACUGGCCCCCACCUGGUAGUUGUGGCCGAGGGAGGCCUUUCUAGCUCUUGCCCUCCGCAGCCUUCUCACUGCUAUGCUCCGGAAAGCCCUUCAGGCUCCCGACCUUCAACACCGAAAAGUGAUUCAGAAUUGGUCAGUAAGGCCACGGAGAGGACGGUGCAGAAGAAUAAUCUGGAAAUGCUCUGGCUUUGGGGAGAAUUGCCCCAGGCUGCAAAGUCAUCUCCACACAAGAUGAAAGACUGCAGUCCAUUAAACAGUAGAAAAAUCUGUGAUAAGAUGCACUUUCAGACCAUUCAGAGUGAAUCUUCAGAUGCGUUCAGUGACCAGUCGCCGACGCUGGCCAGGCCUCCCGUGCCGCCCGGUUUAGAGUCGAGCAAGCCUCCAGCGGACAUGCAGUUUGUGAACGAAGAAGAUGUCGAGGCCUUAGGAGCUGCGGCCCCGCCUUUACCCACGAUUGAAGACCCCAAGCCCCCCUCUGCCAGCGCAGCCCCGACGGCGAGCAAGACCGAUUCUCCUUCAAGGAAAAAAGACAAACGAAGCCGGCACCUGGGUGCUGACGGCGUCUACCUGGAUGACCUCACGGAUAUGGACCCCGAAGUCGCUGCCCUGUAUUUUCCCAAAAACGGAGAUCCUUCCGGGCUCGCGAAGCACGCCAGCGACAACGGCGCCCGGUCCGCCAACCAGUCCCCGCAGUCCGUGGGCAGCUCUGGCAUCGACAGCGGCGUGGAGAGCACCUCGGACAGCCUGAGGGACCUGCCGUCCAUCGCCAUCUCCCUCUGCGGGGGCCUCAGCGACAACAGGGAGAUCACCAAAGAUGCAUUUCUGGAACAAGCUGUGUCCUAUCAGCAGUUUGUGGACAACCCAGCUCUCAUCGACGACCCCAAUCUUGUGGUGAAGAUCGGGAAUAAGUAUUAUAACUGGACGACGGCGGCCCCUCUGCUCCUGGCGAUGCAGGCCUUCCAGAAGCCUCUGCCAAAGGCCACUGUGGAAUCUAUCAUGAGGGAUAAGAUGCCAAGAAAGAGUGGAAGAUGGUGGUUUUCGUGGAGGGGAAGAAACCCCACCAUCAAAGAGGAAAGCAAGCCAGAGCAGUGCUUGGCCGGCAAGAGCCACAGCCCCGGGGAGCAGCCGUCACAGCUUGGCAUGGCCACCAGAAUGAAGCAUGAAUCGUCCUCCAGCGACGAGGAGCACGCAGCUGCCAAGCCACCCAGCACGGGCCACCGUCCCCUGUUGUCCAGCGUCAGCUACAGGAAGACCCUCCGGCUCACGUCGGAGCAGCUGAAAAGCUUGAAGUUGAAGAACGGCCCCAACGACGUGGUCUUCAGCGUGACCACGCAGUACCAAGGCACAUGCCGCUGCGAGGGCACCAUCUACCUGUGGGACUGGGAUGACAAAGUCAUCAUUUCCGACAUCGACGGGACCAUCACCAGAUCAGACACCCUUGGCCACAUUCUGCCCACCCUCGGGAAGGACUGGACCCACCAGGGCAUUGCUAAGCUGUACCAUAAAGUGAGCCAAAACGGAUAUAAGUUUCUCUACUGCUCUGCACGUGCCAUCGGGAUGGCGGACAUGACGAGGGGCUAUUUGCACUGGGUUAACGAGAGGGGCACGGUGCUGCCUCAGGGGCCCCUGCUGCUGAGCCCAAGCAGUCUCUUCUCAGCCUUGCACAGAGAAGUGAUUGAAAAGAAGCCAGAGAAGUUUAAAGUCCAGUGUUUGACAGACAUCAAAAAUCUGUUUUUUCCAAAUACAGAACCCUUUUAUGCUGCUUUUGGAAACCGACCGGCUGAUGUGUAUUCGUAUAAGCAAGUAGGAGUGUCUCUGAACAGAAUAUUUACCGUCAAUCCCAAAGGAGAGCUUGUACAGGAGCACGCAAAGACCAACAUCUCCUCGUAUGUGCGACUCUGCGAAGUGGUUGACCACGUGUUCCCGCUGCUGAAAAGGAGCCAUUCUUCGGACUUCCCCUGCUCAGAUACUUUCAGCAACUUCACCUUCUGGAGAGAGCCGCCGCCUCCUUUUGAAAACCAGGAUGUUCAUUCUGCCUCCGCCUAAAGUGUCGCCAGCAGCCUCCUGACGUCAUGUGAAGCCCGGGCGCCCCCCGAUUAAAGGCUAGGUUUUGGGAGCCUUGGAGCAGGAGCCCAGGAGCCUGAUGCGGUCAUUCGCUAAGAGCAGAGGAGGCGGCGGGGCGUGCCUCUCCCCUCCCCGAGCCCCGGGCCGACGCUGCUGGGCGAAGCGCGUACUUUAUCGGCGGGGACGCAGGUGCCGGGACGGCGUGGGAGGCGUGCGGUGGUCGUGGCCGCGCUGCCCGGCCCCCCCCCCAUCACAUGCCACGCGGGCCGCCGAAACCUCAGCGCCGGCGCCAGCUCCGCGGGGGGGGGGGGGGGGGCCGCAGCUCCCCGGCCGCGCAUGCACGUGCCACGCCUUCCGCUGCGCGGGGGAGGGGGGCAGCGGGCGUGUCCCCGCAGUGUCUGCCCGCAGGCCCGACCGUUAGCUGCGGAGUCCGCUGUGUUUGCCGCCCGCCCCCCACCCCGUUUCGUGGCCCGAGGCUGGAACACUGACGCCUUAAUGCCUCUGCGGCAGACGGUUCGCGCCUUCGCAGCGCCUCGAGCUCAGACUGCGUAGACACGACUCGGGUAGCGCUUCGCAUCAGCUCCACUCCCUGCGGGCAGCCAGGUGGUGUAGACGGGAGCGGAACCGAGCUCCUGCCCAACGGCAGCUGGGAGCUCCCAAAAGUCCCUAGCCGGUUUUACGGAAAUAGUUUCACGAAGUUCCGUUCUUUGUAGGUACUAUUCUUUAUUACUUUACUCUGAUUGGGUUAUUGUCAUGAGCAUUUUAGCUGUAUUCUUCCUAUUAUAACUGUCGUUAAUGCAUUAAAAAGAUAGAGAUGUUAGGCCGUCCCAAGAGCCUUACUCUGUAUAUCUCACAACGCUGACCUUCUUUUUGGCGUUUCCGAGUAAUACUUGGGUUUUCCUUCCCCUUCCCCCCCGAAUGAAGGGCGAGGGGCGCUUGGGUGACCUUCUUUAAUCCGGCGGAAAGGGAUUCCUUGACUUGUUUGUGACCUUGGCUCGUGGAGAGAACAAUUUGGAAAGUGAAAGAAUUAUUUUUGUAAAAGAUUUUGCUUUACUUUUUGAAGUCUUUUUUUUUAAAGAGUGUCUUUACUCCAGCGACUGAAGUGCUUUCCUAUUUAAAUCGCAUUGUUAGAGUCACAGGAGGCAGAAAAGGCGACCGUUUGAAUGACUUUUUUUUUUUUACUCUUUCUGUGAAAGAAACCCCAGAGGCGUGGCCUUGGCCGUGACCGGUGGGCUCCGUCCGCAAGGGCCGCCCGCAGGGGUUCUCGGGGCCGCCGCGCGCACACGGGCAAACCGGCGUGUUGUCGAGCCCGUGUGCCUGCAACCGUGAACGUGCAUGCGCAGACCCCCUUUUGGAGGCGUUAAGAAUAAUUAAAAAUAGUUCUGCCUUAACUACUUCAGGCUCGCUCACCAGUGACCUGUAGAAGCGUACUUCCGUCGUGAGGGUGUCUCGGGGUGAACUUGAAGUAUGGUUUGCCCCUUGCGCCGGGAAGCGUUGGGCUUUGAGGAGACGUCACGUACCCCACGUCGUCCCGUGCACCCUUCGUCAGGACGACUCGCUCCGGUGGCUCACGCAGCUCCGCAGCCCUGGUGUUGAUGCACCUUACACGUCCACCCCGCCGUACUCCCGAGCGGAGCAUGCCCUCCAGAAGGUCGCACGCCCGGACGUGUGUCAAGUUCAGGGCGGGGCCCCCGGAGAGGCUGCACCGUCCACCCCUGCCCUGUGGCUUCGGAAAAUGGGAUUUGUAUAUGGCUGCACGCAUGCGUGUCUAAGUUGCGUAUCCAUAUUCACACAACCAGCCGUCCCGGGGCACCCCUGUAGUCACGUGGCUAGAACGCUGCGUUUGGACCACACAUGCCAAGGUUACCCUGUGGAAAUGAAUCCCCGCCUAGUGAUGUCGUCAGAUGGUCCCCCGUGAUGAGGGAAAAUAUAUAUACCUGGUGUGUAGAAAACUAUAUACCUGGUGCACGGAGACAUGAUCUCACCUUCAGAGGGAACUCCGUUUUCAAUUUCAGGCUUAGAUCCCCACCCUCGGUAUAUUUUAUUUACAACACCUGGUCUGUAUUUGUAUAUGCUGGUCAUGAUAAAAUCGCUGUAACGCCCCACUGUGCUGUGCUGGAUGCGGAGCUAGAAAACGUUGUAAUAAAUGAGACUUCUCUGAACAUCAGGCAUGUGGAUUUUAAAGAGUUUUUUGGUAAGUUAUUACGUUGCUGACUUUUAUAGUGUGUGAUAUCAAGCAUAUUUUAUUCUCUACUCAAAAAAAAAACAAUCCUUAAGGCGAUGAACUGUUCAAUGUUUGGAAUAAAAGAGCCAGUCUUUUCUGA